GUUCGAUUUUCGCAGCAUCUCGGUAAAAGAACGCGAAAAUUUUCAGCUUGGUUUAUUUACGUGAAAAGCUUAUCUCGUCAUAUUUUGGCGAUUUUCUGUGCUAAUUCAGUUCAAAAUCGGUGAAAAAGUUUGUUCGUGACUAGUUCUUAGUACAAGCUUGCCGCUGCCCCAGAAAAAGCCCGCAGAAACAAAAAGCGAAGGUCAGCGUAAGGAGCAUCGAGUAGUGUGUGUGUGCGGGGAAAGGAGGAUUAGUAACCGGCAUCGCAUAAACAAAUCUCUCCGCGCCCGAUGAUGGUUCCCAUCGGUGGUCCCGUAGGCCACGGCGGUCAUCCCAUACACAUUCCGACGCCGAUUCAACAGAAUGCCCCACCCCCGUCCCAGAGCCAGCAUGCCCCCUCCAGCCAGAACCGACAAUCACUCUCUGUGAAACCAAAUUAUACUUUGAAGUUUACCCUUGCCGGACACACCAAAGCAGUCUCCGCCGUGAAGUUCAGCCCCAACGGCGAGUGGUUGGCCAGUUCCUCUGCGGACAAACUGAUCAAAAUCUGGGGAGCCUACGACGGCAAGUUUGAGAAGACCAUUUCCGGUCACAAGCUCGGAAUCAGCGAUGUGGCCUGGUCUAGCGAUAGUCGGCUACUGGUGACGGCCAGCGAUGACAAGACGCUCAAGAUUUGGGAACUGAGCUCGGGGAAGUGUCUGAAGACGUUGAAAGGCCACACCAACUAUGUGUUCUGCUGCAACUUUAACCCGCAAAGCAAUCUGAUCGUUUCGGGGUCGUUCGACGAGUCGGUGCGCAUCUGGGACGUGCGGACGGGAAAGUGUCUCAAGACCCUCCCGGCCCAUUCCGAUCCGGUCUCCGCCGUGCAUUUCAAUCGGGACGGAUCGCUGAUUGUGUCGUCCAGUUACGAUGGACUGUGUCGUAUCUGGGACACGGCAAGCGGCCAGUGUCUCAAGACGCUCAUCGACGACGACAAUCCGCCGGUGUCGUUUGUUAAAUUCUCGCCCAACGGAAAGUACAUCCUGGCGGCCACGUUGGACAACACCCUGAAGCUGUGGGACUACUCGAAGGGCAAAUGCCUCAAGACGUACACCGGGCACAAGAACGAAAAGUAUUGCAUCUUUGCGAACUUCUCCGUUACGGGAGGAAAGUGGAUCGUUUCCGGCAGCGAGGACAACAUGGUCUACAUCUGGAACCUGCAGAGCAAGGAAAUCGUCCAGUGUUUGCAGGGUCACACGGAUACGGUCCUGUGCACGGCAUGCCACCCGACGGAGAACAUCAUCGCUUCGGCGGCGCUCGAGAACGACAAGACGAUAAAGCUGUGGAAGAGCGACACAUAAAAUUGGGCCCGCAGAUAGUUGGGGCCCGCCGUGGGGGGCUCGCCGCGGUCUCAGUGGAACGCCCACAGCGCUUCCACUUCCACCACUACCAACUAUCCAUCAGCAUGGUUCUGAGAUACAUAACAUGUUCGAUCCUACUCCAGGGGAAGCUAUACUGAAUUCGACGGUUUAAUAUAUAUAGGCGUAGGUUUAAAAUAACGAAGAUAAAACACUUUUACUUCUCAGCGGUGUAAUUUUACAUUUAAUAUCGAUGGUAAAGUACGAUUGUAAUCGGUAAGACGUUUGAACUCGAUGUAAGUGAAAUAAAAACUAGAAUGAACUUA